GCUCCGGCUCCGAGGGCACGAGGACCAACCAUGAAGGCUCUUCUGGUGGCCCUGCUGGCUGCAGUCCUGUGUGCCCAGCAAGCUUCCUCCCUGUUUUGCUACACCUGUGACAACGAACAUUCCAACUGGAACUGCAUGAAAACCUACAAGUGUGAGGACCAUGAGAAAUACUGCGUGACCACCUACAGCAGAGCCGGACUUGGCAAGGACACGGGAUACCGCAUCACCAAGAAGUGCUCCGUGGACUGCCCGGAGACCAACGUGAACUUCGGGAUCGCCGCUUUUUCCUCCAAAUGCUGCAGCACCUCCCUGUGCAACUUCAGCGGCGCCAACAGCAUCAGGAUCAACUACGCUGUGAUCCUGCUGGGAAUCGUGGGCAGCCUGAUCUGUGUGCUCAGGGUGGGAUUGUGAUCGGGGGUGGCAGGAGAUGUGACCACCCGAGAAGCCACAAGGCGUUCCCCAAGUGAGGAACCUCGCCUGAGUGUUUCCAACGGUGACCCUGUUUGAUUCCAAGACAUUGCCUCAGAUCCCAACAUGAUACGGCAGUGUAGCUCCUAUUUUCCCCCCUGUUGUUUUAUACUAAUUUUUCCCUGGAAAAGCUCUUUUGAUAGCACGUGUGUGA